AUGCUCGUGGCUGACAGCGGGGCCGUGGUGGAUGGCGUGUUCACCAGUCCCUCGGAGUCCUCUGUCCCAGGACUCCCUGAAGACAAGCAGAAGGCAGUGGCCGGCUUUGUCCGGCUCCGGGGCGCCAUGGACGCGCUGGGCAUCACACAGAUGGAGCAGCGGGCUGUGUGGCGGGUGCUGGCGGCCAUCUACCACCUGGGCUUGGCGGGGGCCUGCAAAGUGGGCCGGAAGCAGUUCAUGCGGUUUGAGUGUGCGAACCACGCAGCCGAGGCCCUGGGCUGCGAGUUCGAGGAGCUGAACACCGCUACCUUCAAGCACCACCUGAGGCAGAUCAUCGAGCAGGUGACACGCAGGCCGAGGCGGCCAGGCCUGGAGGACGAGGAGACCAGCUCAGGGCUCAAGAUGACGGGGACCGAGUGUGUGCAGGGCAUGGCCGCCGGCCUGUACCAGGAGCUCUUUGCGGCCGUGGUGUCGCUCGUCAACAGGUCCUUCUCCUCCCACCAGCUGUCCAUGGCUUCCAUCAUGGUGGUGGACACCCCGGGUUUCCAGAACCCGCGGCACCAGGGCCAGGACCGGGCAGCCACGUUCGAGGAGCUGUGUCACAAUUACACUCACGAGCGCUUGCAGCUGCUCGCGUACCAGGCGACCUUUGUGUCCACGCUGGAGCGACACCGAGAGGAAGGUGUUCCCGUGCCCUUUGACCUCCCGGAGUCCUCACCGGCGAUGACAGUGGCCGUCAUGGAUCAGAGUCCCUCACAGGUCCACAGUGCGGCUGGAGGCGGCCAUGGCGAUGCCCGGGGCCUCUUCUGGGUUCUGGACGAGGAGGUCCGGGUGGAGGGGUCCAGUGACAGCGUGGUUCUCGAGCGUCUGCGUGUGGCCUUCGAGGGGACGGGAGUCGACACUGAAGGGACGGCCGUCCUGCGCACCUGUGAGCAACCCCUGCACUUCGAGGUGUCCCACCAGCGGGGCCGGGACCCCGUGCGCUACGACCUCGCGGGCUGGCUGCGCAGAGCCAAGCCCAACCUCUCGGCCAUGGACGCCCCCCAGAUCCUGCAGCAGUCGCAACGUGAGGAGCUGCGGAGUCUGUUCCGGGCCAGGGCCACGCUGUCCCCCGUGAGCCGGGCGGUGGCCGGCCUGGAGCCCACGUCUCAGCAGGCCCUGCAGAGGGCGCGGGUGGUGAGGAGGACGUUUGCCGGCAGCCUGGCCGCCACCAAGAGAAGGGCACCGUGCGUCCAGAUCAAGCUGCAGGUGGAUGCACUCAUCAACCUGGUGAAAGGGGCUCGGCUGCACUUCAUCCACUGCCUGACGUCAGCCCCAGCGGUGGACAGCAAGAGGGGACAGGGGUGUCCACCGCCACAGCAGCCUGGAGGCAACCACCCCGGGGCAGGCGAGGCCCAGGCCCUGGACGUCCCAGCGCUGAGGGUCCAGCUCGCGGGAGGUCACGUCCUGGAGGCCCUGAGACUGCACAGGGCAGGCUACGCUGACCACAUGGCGCUCGGUCAGUUCCGCCGGCGCUUCCAGGCGCUGGACCCCCCGCUGAUGAAGCAGAUCUCGGCGUCCACCGAGGGAGUGGACGAGAGGAAGGCCGUGGAGCGGCUCCUGCAGACGCUGGACCUGGAGGAGCAGGCGGUGGCCGUGGGGCACAGCCAGGUCUUCCUCAGGGCCGGCGUGGCGUCCAGGCUGGAGAGGCAGCGGGAGCAGCUGGCGGCCCAGAGCCUCGUCCUCCUCCAGGCCACAUGUCGGGGUUUCCUGUCCCGCCAGGCUCUCAAGAAGCUCAAGCUCCGCCGGCUGGCGGCCCAGUGCAUCCAGAAGAACAUGGUGGCCUUCCUGGCGGUCAAGGACUGGCCGUGGUGGCGGCUCCUUGGGUCCCUGCGGCCUCGGCUCAGCGCCACCAUUGGGACGGAGCAGCUGCGAGCCAAGGAGGAGGAGCUGGCUGGACUGCGAAGGAAGCUGGAGAAGUCGGAGAAGUCGAGGAAGGAGCUGAGGCAGAGCACGGAGCUGCUGGAGAGCACGGUGCGCCUGGCCCGGGUGGGUGAGUCUGAGGCUGAGAUUCAGUCCUACGUCAUCCGCUGCACAGGGAACAGUGCCCUAAAAAAGUCAGAAAUCACUAAUCCGACUCGGGUGGACCAAAGCAGAAAGUGA